CACUCGUAUCCGGUCCGAGGCUACCCCCCCCCCCCUCCCUCUCUCUCUCACCCUCUCUUUCUCUGUCAGUCAACAUUAGCCUAAUGCAACUAUAACCAUCCCGGUGGCCGUUACAACUCGAAGAAUUAAGCGGUACCAAAGCAUGACCAUAAAUCUAAUUACACAGGCAGUAUCGCGGCAUACCACUUGUAACGAUGCGCACAAAUGUUGUAGCAUCGCGCCAGGAGCACCGCCAGCUAAGGCAAACACGCCUGCGCGACGUUAAGUUCUCACGUGUAAUUAAUUGGGUAAAAAAAAAAAUAAGGUGACUUCAAAAUUUUUUAAUACAAUCCUCAAUAAAUACUGAUUUCACUAAAAUUAAUAUUUUACAUUUUCAUUUGUUCAAACUUUUGUAAUAAUGUUUUGUAAAUGUCGUAAUUUCUCAGGUUUUUUAAACGGUGCAUGCCCUGCCAUCUCAUUGGCUAACGCUCGAGUGACGUCAUGAUCAUAAGUAUACAAACAGACUUAGCUUAGCUGGCUUAGCUGGAUACUACAUGUGUAUAAGUUAAACUGUAGAAAAAUAUUUAGUUUACGAUCAAUUAGUAUAAAACAAUCAAGUAAAUGAAGCCUGAUCCUGGUUUUGUCGGGGCAGAUUCACGAAAUCUGCCCGAAAUUAAUAGUUUUAUGGUUAUCGACUAUGUGAAACAUGAAGAGCGAUUUAAUGAUCCUGAAGUUCGUAAUUCGAAAAUGUCACUUUCUUCCCGAGUAUGUUACGGCGACUCUGCAAUAGGUUAUGUUUCGCUCCGAAGGCAGCAAUCAAUUUGUACUUUGAAAGCAAGAGUGUGUCCUGAACACAGAGUACGAAAUACGCCUUACACUGUAACAAUGCUUGUUAAUGAAGAACAGAAAAUUAUAAAUAGCGUGGAGUGUGAAGACUGCCCAGCGGCUUUAGGUGGGUGUAAACAUGCGAUUGCUCUGUUGAUGUGGGCACAUCGUAGAUCUGAGCAAAAAUCUGCCACGCAAGUUGAUUGUUACUGGAAAAAGUCAGCUUUGGCAAAAGUUGGUACUCCUAAGCAGUAUAUCAAGGCAACUGAAUUAUUUACAAACAAGAAUGUUGCAAAAGCCACUUCAACUGAGAAUUAUGUAGAAAAGCAUGAAACUUUUGUGAAAAAUGUGAUGGAAUGUGCGAAACAAAAACAAUUAGAUAGCCAAAUCAGUAGACAUUGGUUCGAUUUAGAAAGUAGACAGAUUCGUUGUUUAUCUCUCCAUCAGUUAAUUAUUAAUUUUUUAGAAACUGGUAAAAAUGGAGCCCUUGACUUUUUUUCAUUCGCAAAAAAUUGUAUUUCAGAAGAGUUGUGUGAACAAGCAGAAAUUAUGACACGAAACCAAAGUAAUGAGCAUCUAUGGUUCGAGUUAAGAUAUGGAAGAAUAACAGCUUCAAAAAUAUACGAAGCUGCACGUUGUAAGACAUCUGAUGGAAGCUUAGUAAACGAGAUAAUAGGAGCAUCUAAAGUUUUCGAAUCGAAAGAAAUGAAAAGAGGCAAAGAAUUAGAAAGAAAGAUUUUACUUCAAGUACAAAAGAUUCUUGGGUUAAGAUAUCGUACUUGUGGAUUCUAUUUAAUCCCAGGCCACCCUGUUAUUGGGGGUUCGCCUGAUGCAGUUGGUGAUGAUUUUACUUUGGAAGUCAAAGCUCCAGCUACGCUGAAAGGAUAUAACAGAUUCUUACCAGAAGGAUCUAUCAGUGCCAAAUGCAAAGCCCAGAUGUAUUUACAAAUGUAUUGUACUAAGAAGAAGAAAGGUCUUUUCUGUGUUGCGGAUCCAGAAUUCGAAAAGAAUAAAAAAGUCACAACCAUAUGGUUAUUUUAUGAUGAAAAUUUUACAAUGAUAAUCGAAAGAGCCAUCCAAUUUUGGAUUAAUAAUAUCUUUCCAAGACUUUUAAAAUCUGUUCAGUGACGUAAUUGAAAAAGAUUUCUUUUUCUUUCUUUUUCUUUCUUAGACCUUUAAACUUUGAAAUGUAUAUACU